AUGUCAUAUCAACAAAACGAAUAUCCAGAACAGUCCCAUCGCCUAGGACGUCCUACACGCUCUGUAGACAACAUCUCUGAUUUCGCUCCAUCGCAAUUAAUGGGAAGCUCAUACAUGUCAGCACUUCCGCACGCAUCCAACGACACGGACAGAAGAGACACAUAUCAGCCACAGUUCGUACCUGAUAUGUCGUCUGAUGAUAAUAAUCACAGUCAUCUGUAUACAAAAGGAUCAUAUUCAGAAUACAGAGGUAGUCAAGAUUAUGCACGUAAUCAACGCAUACAGCAAUUAAACGAGGGAUAUAGACCAGAGGCCCGAAGCUCGGCCUCUGAUCAGUCAGUCUUGCAGACAAGAACAGGUUCAGCAUCGUAUCGUGACGGUCUUCCCGCACAUGAAACAGAUGCUGUUCAUCACACUAGAGGUGAUGACUAUGACACAAAUUCAGUGGUCUCCUCGAUAUAUUCGCAACCGAGUGCCAUAGCAACACCAAAUGUACAAGAUUUUUCUUCUGAAACUAACAGACACAAUCAGACACGUGAUCAGGCGGUACCUGAUGAAGAAGAAAAGCCUUAUGUCGCUUACGAUCGUAGGGGAUAUGAAGAUGCCGGUCACUACGAACAGACCAAUUCAUACGAGAACUAUCAGCAACAUUAUAAUAAUAACAUCAAAAAUUUCGGUCAAGCUUCUACCCCUGAACCAGAACAGCAACCAUAUGAAGCAGGCUACGAAGAAGAGGAUACAUUCCGUCACCCAUAUAAUAUGAACGAAGAACAGAACCACUCACCCGUGGAAGGUGGAUAUUAUGGAAACAAUUACCGCCCAGUCGAUCUUUAUGGUCAAUACGAUGUGUAUAACGACUUCAACAACGCCCGCAUACCACAAGACAACUUCCACAACGAAGGGUCAGGACGAAUGAAUACCUUAGGACAUCCGACUGACGAAACCAGUGCACAGUCGGGGGAUCGUGCUGCAGCAAACCCCGGUUCUGAUGAGAAACCUCGAGAAUCAAUAGCUGCUACACAAAAGAAGGCUGAAAAGUCGAAGAAGAGACGAUGCUGCUCUAGACAAGCGUGUGUGCUUAUUACCUUCAUCAUCUUGCUUGUCUUAGCUGUCGCCUUAUUCUUUGUAUGGCCGCGUAAACCAGAAGUACAAAUAACGGGUGCCACUCCCGACGACUUUAGUACUACCGCAACAAUAAGUGAAACUAAUUCAGAAGUGCAAAUGAACUUUAAUUUACAAGUACAACUCAGAAACCAAGCGAAUUGGAUACCAAUAAGAUUCAAAAAAAUUGAUGUGAAGAUGUUCGACUCUAGUUCAGCAUCCAAUAGUGAUCCUGUGGCUACUGGGCAGCUCACUGACUAUACUCUCACUCCACGAACUGAUACUGAUCUACCCAUUCCAAUGAGUAUUCUAUACUUUGGAAAGAAUUCCAACGAUGAGACUCUUAAUGAUUUCAUAAACGCUUGCACUACUAAAAAUGGAACAACAACGUCCACUCUUAACGUCAGGGCUGACUUCCAGCUAUUUAUUUGGGGUAUUAGUAAGAUCUACAAACCAACAGUAACUGCAGGAAAACCUGACUUACAAUGUCCUUACAAAGUUCCGCUAUCUUAA